UACCCAUUUAAAUGCUCUCACUGAAGUCGAGUCACACGGAGUUCAGACGACUGGAGCUUUUCUUUGUUGAUAUCAGCUUUGUGCAUAUAUAGUUGUACAAAACCUAACAUAAAAUUGAUUUGAUACAGCUAGACAGAUUAAAAGGAAUAAAGGCGGACUGCUCGUGAAACAUAUUGAGAUUUAAGCAAACGGUGUAAAAUGGGUGCCGGUGAAAGCAAGCUGUCUGUGGCAUCAACUCCAAAGCUAGAGCCGAGCCAGAAACCGAGAGCGGCGCGAGUGGCGAUGCUCUCGGACCCGCGUUCACCGUCCUGCGCCAUCGACCGCACACCUAUACAGGUGGGCGUGGCUUGCUCUCCUCUUCCCGCGGUGGAGUCGGUGGGGCCAGUGUUCGUGGACCCCCGCUCACCCACACCUGGAGUCACUCGAACACCGAUAAAGGUGAGCGUCACAUCUCUUGCUCGGAGGCUGAGCACCUUCUUUCUCAAUGACGUCAAGUCCGGUAGCGAGACCGUUUCUCCUCUUCCUCCGGUCUCCUUCACCAAACACCCCAGCCUGCCGAGUGUGAAUCAGCAAAAUGAAGCGGGCCCCAGAGAUCCCCUGCUCCCUCCGGUAAAAGCCCAGAACUCACCCCUGUCCACCCUUGCUCUGGCUUCUCCUUCAGAGGGCUACGGCUCCAUAUGCAGCAGCCCGUUUGUGUUGAUCGGAGACACGCAGGUGGAGGUGGAGGUGGAUGCUGAGGCCUCGCUGGAGGAGGCGGAGGAGGCUCUGCUGCUCGGUGCUUCACCGUUAAGGAAAGAGCUCAGUUUGAGUCUCCUUGCUUGUCGCGAAGGGGUUUACUCAUCCUCUCUGGAGGAGCGUCCUCUGACUCCCCUUCCUCCUGCCGAGAGGCGAGCGACCGAAGAGCACUCCUACGCGAUCUUCACAGUCCCGGCACGGUCCACGGAGCAGGAGACCUCCACGCCUGCUGUCGAGGAUGUCGUGAUGUCCGAGGCAGAUGAAGUCCCGCCACAGACCUCUGAGGAACAGGUGACUGCUGCUCUUCCAGAGUCGAGCCGUGAGCAGCAAGAGGAGAGUAAACCCCCCGCACCUCAACCUGCUGUCGCCUCCAGCAAAUCCUGCCCAGUGACCGGCACCCAGGUGGAGACGGUCCAGCCCGGCAUCCGCUGUCUGAAGUUCGACACCCGCAGCCCGAGUCAGGCCAUCUUCAAGCCCCAGUGGUUGGGCGUGGGCUUCGGGACCACUGGAGUCAGAGCGAGAGGGGUGCAGGCGCGUGGAAAAACAUCUGUGUCCUCACCGCUCUCCACCAAAAACACAGCCACAAAUGAGAAUAAUAACAUGGUUGUGCGCGCCAAACAGAGACCAAGAGAAAAAGUUCUGAUUGGUGAGGGCAGAUCGCCUCUGCAGAUCCUAAGGGAGGUUAACUCACCCAGAGACCGCAACUCCCAGAUGAAGUUAAAAGUGUCCACCCCUGAAAAACAGAGAUUCAGCCAGAUGGACAGGAGAGCUCUGAUUCUGUCACUCAACAAGGAGAACGAGACGAACUGAGCAGACCGGGAAGAAUCCAGAUAACACUCUGUAUAUACUACAGUUUUAAGCCUUAAACUACAUGAUCGUUCUUCUACCCUAUUCUUUACUGCUUCUUUGUGUGUUUUGUAAAUGUUUUAAUGUAAAUAAAAUAUCAUUUGAUUUUA